UGAAGCAGUCAUCAUCUGUGCAGUAUCAUCUGGACGUCCCCAUGGCACAACAAAGGAUCUUAACGUGUUUUAUUUUAUUUUUGUUUAUUUUUUUCAGUCUUACAUCGUCGUAUAGUCAAGUGCCUGCCACUGUACAGAGGAGUUUGGAUGCCUCCUCACCUCAAACCAGCAAUGUCGGAAAUGAUGGAGUGGCCAGUCACGGCACCAAAGCCUCUAAAGGGGAAAGCACAUCACUUGCAGCUGAAAACUCACCCAAAAAUGUCCUGCAGCCAUAUGGAUGGUGGCUAUACUCGCCUCUGCACACCAAACGGAAGCUGCUACAGGCCCCUGGCUCCAUCCUGCCCUAUUCCCCCCUGAAUGUGGUGUACAAUGGCAAGAUGUGCAUCCUCUUCAGAGCUCGCAAGCUGGCCAUCAGGUACAAGAAUUCCACUCUGGUGGACCUCACAGAGAGAGCUUUUGGCCCAGAGGCACAAGUGGACACCAAAGGCUCAUUCUGCAGCAAAGACAAAGCCACUCUCAUCAUGCGCUUUGGGGAUGUGGAGGACCUAAGGGGGUUAGCUAUCAGACUGCAGAUGUCCAACACAUUUUAUGAGUCAGCUGGGCAGAACUGGUUCACACUAGAUAGCGUUCACAUCCACUACAACUGGACGCAUGAGGCCACUUUCAAUGCCUCUGAUGUCUAUGCCCCUUCAACCAAUUCAUACCACUGCCAACAUGUCAGUAGCCUACAGAAAUAUGACACCCUCCUGGUGCCAAGCUCCAAUACUGACAAUGCUGCAAACUGGCACAUCACAUUCACUGACUUUCAGAUUCAAGCAUUCAAUGUCCUCUCCAACAAGUUUGCCUCUCCCAGCGACUGUGCCACAUUUUUCACUCCAGCCAUCCUGAUGGGUCUGAUAACCUCCCUGAUUCUGCUGCUGGUCCUGGCGUAUGCACUGCACAUGGUGGUGCACCUCAAGCACAUUGACCGCUAUGAAGAGCACAAGACCACUGUCUACUUCCCCCGUAGUACAGAAGCCGAAUGCACAGAGAAAAACAACUUAUAGGAGUACAGGUUCCUCAUGUCCCCUCCAACCCACCCAAACUCCCUGAGCCCCUCUGAGAGACAGGCAGCUCUGUGAUGUCUGAGGGAUGUACCCUCAGUGGAAGCCACUGACACGACUACAUAUCAAGCUUCCUCUCCUGCACUGAAAAAGGGGGCACAGAGUUAUGGACUAUUCAUUUACAGUGCCGAGCUGUUGAAUUCCUUUGACUGGGCAGAUUCUAUUCUGACUAUUUCACAUCUUCCAGUGGAUAGAGACAGUGUUGGAAGGCAUCUGCCUCUUUCAUUUGUAAAAAAAAAAACAUCCUAAUUGAUGAAGAGGAAAGAAGGAAUGACCUAUGGCCAGCUAAUAUUACAUAAGCUUUUGGAUGAAAUUCAAAAUGAAAUUAGCACAAAAUGUAUUUAUCCUGCACUUCCAACAUCAGUAUAGCACAAUAUUUAUGAUAUGGUUAGGCUACAACCAAUUUAUUUUAAAAAGCCAUUUAUGUUUUAUAGGAGUAAAAGAAACAGGUAAGUUACUCUGUUCAAAUUGUCGUUUGUUCUGUCUAUAAGAAUGACAAUGUAUUCUUGAUGUCCAAGCAUAACUUUUUUUUUUAUUCUGAGUUAAUAAAAAGACUUUAAUUGUUAACAUAGUAGAUUACUACUUUACAAUCAGCUGUUUUGACUGUAAAAAAUGGCCUAAAAGGAGGUUUAACAAUAACUAUAUUUCCAUGCACACCAUAUUCCGGUUUUAUUCGGAAUAAUGACAAUGAGCGCGUGAGUCAUGUAAACACCUUAUUCCAGCUGCCAUAAACCGAUUAAGCUCAUAUUCUGAAUACUAAAAAACGGAAUAACACCCCUAGCAUAUGCCUCUUUUAACCGCAAUAUUGUGGCAUGUAAACACAUUAGUCGGAGAAUGCCCCUUACGAAAUAUUACAUUCCGUCUGUGCAUGUUCAUGCAAGGAAUUUUGGUAGCGUGGUUUGAUGCCCUGACAUUUGGCAAACAUAGCGAAAAGUGUGGCAAAAAGUUUGUACUUCCAGAGUGAAGAUGAGGUCAAUUUAUGUAUUAAAACCUGAAAGUUUAAAUGUCAAGAUGGAAUUUAUCGAUGGGUGAAAGCAUCGCUCAACAAUGCAGGUUUUGCGUGCACUGAUGACAGAUGAAGAAUCUGUGAAACCCCUCAAAGCGGCCUAUUAUAAGGCUAAAAUUUUAAAACAAUAGCACCUCUAAUCUGGCCAAAUACAUCUAUUUUGUGGUCGUGAAUGGAAUUCAGGGACAGAGACCAUGGAGACGUCAUGAAGCAGAUACUACUUAUUUCAGCAUAUGUUGAAUAACAUGUAAACAGGAAUAUUCAGUUUCUGCUACACAUGGAAACAUCUUAUUUUGAAUAUUGCCAUAACCAGAAUAUGGACCUUAAUCGGAAUAUGGUGUGCAUGGAAACAAAUGUGCAAUGAUUCUUCAAUGGUUUGCAGCUUAUACAUGCCAUUGCGUUCAGUAAUUCUGUUACUGAUUCUUCAUUGGGGAGAUGUGUUUUUGAAUAACUGUUUGAAUUUGUGAAAAUUGUAUCUUGAUUCUGGUUUUGUAAGUUGCUUUUAUGUUUUUUUGUGUUAACAAAGUUGUGUAUUCAUUUAAGAUGAGCCAUGGACAGUUUUGUUAAACUCCAAACAAAGUCCUUUCCAUUAAAUCUACAAGUCAUUGAAUUCACAAAGCUAAUGCAAACAACAUCAACAGCUUACUGUUGUGUAGUGUCAUGCAGCAUGCUUGUGGCUAGAAAAGACAUAAAACCACAAUAACCAGAUGAUUAGCAUUGUGCAAUGUAUAUUGGCAAUAAUCAUAGUGUACAAAAUGAAAGGGGUAAACAAAUGUUCUUGGGCAAAUGUAUUUAUUUCCUUUCUUUCUUUCUUUCUUUUGCCUUUGAUGAUGGUGGAAUAAAAUCUUCUUUUGGCACA